CCUAUAUAUAUCACCCACAGAUGAAACAUAAUCAUCUCCCUCCCAACCCUGAAUUUCAAUUUGCUCUGCAGAGUCUGUAGACCUUUCGCAUAAUGGAAGACGAUCACAACAGAGGGAAAAGGCAGCAAGAGAAGGAUCAAGAGGAGGUGCGGUACCGAGGAGUGAGGAGGAGGCCGUGGGGGAAGUACGCGGCGGAAAUUCGAGACCCGAAUAGGAGCGGAGCACGCCAGUGGCUUGGGACAUUCGACACCGCGGAGGAAGCAGCCCGGGCUUACGAUAGGGCGGCUUUCGGUAUGAGAGGCCACAUGGCGAUUCUGAAUUUCCCUCACGAGUAUUAUCAGAAAGUCAUGGGGUCUCCUCCAUACCCACCUGGGAUCGCGGCUUCAAUGGCUGGCUCGUCGGGGUCGUCAUCUUCGGGUCAUAAUACGAAAGAGAGGGGGAAAGAGAAGGAGGUUUUCGAGUUCGAGUACUUGGAUGACAGGAUAUUGGAGGAGCUUCUUGAGCAAGAAGAAGAGCGAAAGAAGAAAUGAGGGUCGAUUGUGCACGUUUUGAGUUUUAUAAAGAUCAAUUAUUCCCGAGCGACUGAAAGGGAACCGUGACGCAAGAAAAUGGAGGUUCAAAGACUAACUUGAGCCAUUGAUUGGAGCAUCUAAAGACUAUUUGGCCAUCAACAUUGCUUAGAAUCACUAACCAC